GCAGCCUGAAACACCUGCAUAUCCGAUGCAGUUUGUUCGAACCCGAAUAAUUCUUACAGCGGUAUCAGAGAGGCAAGUCCUGUUGAAAAUACUGCAGAUCGUAUAGCCACUGCAAUAAUGAGAAUUCUACGACCGAGGUCAAUAUUCUUUUUGGUGACGUUUACCGCUGUGUUAUGCGUCUAUUAUAUGGAUCCUUUGAAAAGACUUCUGGCUUCAGAACUUAAUCGCCUUAACACUCUGAGGCUCAUCGACCCUGGCCCUGAGUGGUGGAGGGCGCACAUAUGUAAAGGAAAUGCGAACGAUACUUACAUAAACAUUACUUUACCUGUGCUGAUGAGGGACAUAUUCCCUUCAUUGGACAAAAACAUUUUCUUGGUCGAAAGUGCAUGCAAGUCCAACCCUGCUUACCGCGCUUGGUGUUCUGUUGAAAGCCACACGCGUGAGAAUCCGAAUGCUGAUGUGUGGUAUGUGAUGACUUCGCCGAUAGUGAACAACACCGACAAGCUACCAAGUCGUCUGCUCGACCACUAUCCGAAUCUUCGCAUUGUUUCGGUUGACUUGGAUUUGGUUUUCAACGGUACUACACUUGAAGAGUUCUUCAAGUCUGGAAGAUGGCAUAGAAAUACCCCUUGGCCAGUCAUACAGCUGAGUGACCUCUUAAGAGUCCUUCUAACGUGGCGGUUCGGAGGAUUUUACUCCGACACCGACACCGUCUGCAUAAAGGACCUUUCUCCUCUUGAGAACGUUCUCGUCACCAGCACCACGUCUAGGAACCACAUUUCCAACGGCGUGUUUCACUUCUAUCAUCAUCAUGAGUUCCUAACGAUGGUCAUGUCAACGAUGAUUCAGAUGUACCAUCCCAAAGCUUGGGGAUCAAUGGGACCUUCUACCUUUGGCUCUUGCGUCCAGCGGUCUUGCAAUUUAAAGGACAUACGCUACCUGUUUCCCAAGAACAGCUCAGACCCCGUCACCUGUGGUAAUGUUACCAUCUUACCUGAAUUUUACCUACUACCGUAUCCGUGGAACCAAUAUAGGAAAAUUUUUGAACCUGAAAAAUGGGACGAAUUUGUUGAAACCCAUUCACACACGUUUUCGAUCCACUCGUAUGGCAAAGUUAAUGGCGGGAUGGUGGUUAAAAUCGGAUCCAACAGUAUUUAUGAUGGAGCAGCCAGGACUUUUUGCCCCCUCUCAUACUUCCACGCCAGUGCCAAUCAUUCUGCAUUUUGAUAAACGAGAAAGACAAUAUAUGUAUACGUAUAUAUAUAGAAAUAUAUGUGUAUAUACAUAUAUAUAAAUUGUGUAUAAUAUACAUGCUGUAUAUACACACACACACACACACAUAAAUAUAUAU